AUAAAUCACAUUUCAUCUCGCUCUUCCCUCGUCGUGUUAGAAGGAGGCGACAGCGAGCUGCUGCCCACCACCAGCAGUCCACUACCUCCUCAUCCUCCUCCGCCACUCCUCCGUCUCACCUCCACUAUUUUAUACUUCCUCUCCUCUUUCCGCUUCCUCCUCCUCCCUGAUUCCUCUUAAUUCGCAGCCAUUGUCGAUUUCUCCGUCCAAUUCCACCAAUGGCCAGCUCCUGAAGCAUGGCGUGAGGGAAAGGACGGGAAAGGGGUUUGAAACGAGGAGAGUGUCAAUGGACGCCAGGAUGAGGAGGUACGCGCCGCAGGUCAGCCCGGACCGGACCAGAGUGUGGGCGGAGCCGCCGCCGAAGCACCACUUCCACGCGCAGGAGCGCCAGCAAGGGGGGAAGAUUCCGGUUGUCUAUUACCUCUGCCGGAAUCGACACCUCGAGCACCCUCACUUCAUUGAAGUCCCCCUUUGCUCCCCCGAGGGACUCUACCUAAAAGAUGUGAUCGAGAGGCUUAAUGUGCUGAGGGGGAAAGGGAUGGCCGCCAUGUAUUCGUGGUCUUGCAAGAGGGGCUACAAGAAUGGCUUCGUGUGGCAUGAUCUCUCCGAGGACGAUCUGAUUCUGCCGGCACAGGGAAAUGAGUAUGUGCUCAAGGGUUCCGAGCUGAUGAAUCAAACCCCUCCAGAACGGAACAAUCAUGGAAUGGGCAAUGCUAAAAUUCAGAAUCUGAAGCAACCCCCUCAGGAUCCAUCACCGAGCAGUUAUAAGGUCCAAGAAGCUUCUUGUUCUCCAUCUUCGGUCGGGUUGGUAACUAAGGACACAAAGUUUCCCCCACCGUCACCUAAAUAUUCAUCACCUCCUCCUGCUAUGCAAGAUGCUGAGCUAUUCCCCUCAACCCAUCAAUUGACUUCCUCGGGGAACUUUUCGCCAGAGCCUGGUGGUCAAAGUGCCCCACGUUCAGCUGUGGGCUCUCCGAACCCGGACGAGUACAAAAUCUGCAAUCCUGUGGUUGGAUCUCAGGAUGCUUCAACCCAAACUGAGGGUGGAGAUGUACAAAGAAUCAAAAAUAAACUGCAAAAUGUUAGUGUCUCUUUCAGUGAUGGUUCUCCACAUAAUGGCUACAAUGAGAGCCAAAAUGAGCAGACUCUACGUUUUAAGUUGGAACCUGAGAUUGCUAUAGUUGGGAGAUCACCAGCAACAACAAUUUCAAGUGAUAUUUCUUCUGGGAGGAUGAAUACGUUAGAAUCCUUGAUACGAGAUGAAGUGAACAGGAGGAAUAAUCUUAGUGUUCUGGAAGGCGAGGAAGAUUUCCACCUGAAUGGACCGAAAUUUAAAACCACAAGUAUGCUUAUGCACCUAAUCACUUGCGGGUCAACCACUGUUAAAAACCACUAUGGCUUUGGAUUUGCGCCAACUUAUAGACCAAGGAUCACCAAUAUGAACUUCACCUCACCAUUGUCUACCAAUUCACUUGUUAUGGGUGAGAUAAACUGCCUUGCAGAGAGCCAAAGAGAAAUAGGGAAGGGGCUAAAGCUGAACGAAAGUUUUGGAAGGAGCAUGAAUGAAACAAAGUACAAUGAAGAAAUUGGCGGACUUCCUCAUAUAAAACAAUCUUCAUCUAUCGAUGAGGACAGAAUUCUUGACAUGCCUUAUAAUUCCAGAAGAGAUGGCAAAAAGGCUGUCGAUUUAUCUGAGUCUAAGUUUCUCCUUAGGACCAUCAAACUUGCAACCUCGAAGCAUUCAAGGAACGAUCAGAAUGAAUCAGCAGUGAGCCCAGUUUUAGAUACAAGGAUGUCUCCUGCCAUGCCAGCUAUUUGCAAAUCCUCACCACUCAAUUCAUCAAACGGGGGAAGCAAACGGAUUAUAGAGAGUUCCUCAAUAAAUGGAACAUCUGCUAGGUUAGAGUCUUUUAGAAACAGGACUCCUUGUCAAGAAACAGUGAUUCAAAUUGAAGAAAGGCUAACUUCAGGAGCUCGAGUUAUCAUCCAAUCUGGAUCUCGGAGUGACAAUAGUGAAGGUAGUUCUGAUUGACAACAGGAUCUACUAAUGUCUCUCUCAUUUCGCAACCGGUUGUUUUCUUACCAGCUGUAGUUGGAGGGAAGACAGUCUGUGGCAUUUAUUAAAGUUAAAUCCUUUCUCCAUUUAAUUCUAGUUGUUUUGAGUUGCCUUCACUUCAACAACACUUGUAAGGAACUUUAUAGUUCCCGACCUGAAAAGGAACCUCCUUUUUUCCAUAAAUGCCUUCUGAACUUCUAAGCCAUCUUGAAACGAUUGUGCGGGAAGAAUAGUGCGUUCAUUGUACAUCAGCAAACUGAGUUUCCACUCAGUUAUUUCCGGAAUGAAGAACAAGCAAGCGGCACAAGCUACAAGACUGUCUUGAGAUUUUGUACAGAUGUAAAACACUACAAAGAUGUUGCAAUCUUUGAGAAUUUGUAUCCAAGAGUAA